UCCAGGAAAAAGCACGAAAGCGGUGGAAUGAUGCUGAAAAGUGGGAGAAGUCGCUGAGCAUCCUGACGUCCUUCACCGUGGAGACAGCUGUAGGUGGAUCCUGGUUGGCUGCAGGAUCUCACACCCACUCGUCUCCUUUAGUCUCCAGGCACGCUCCUACGGUAAACUACUCGGGACUUUGGCUCCUUUCAGGCUGCAGGAAAACUCUCCAUUAAGCAGCAGGGCGCCUCCAUCAUGUCCUUGUUCACCCACCUGUUGGCGGUCCUCUUCGGGAUGGGCUCCUGGGUCUCCAUCAACGGGCUCUGGGUGGAGCUGCCUCUCAUCGUCCCUCAGAUCCCAGAGGGAUGGUACCUUCCCUCUUACCUCUCCGUCCUGAUCCAGAUGGCCAACGUGGGGCCGCUCUUCGUCACCCUGAUGCACCGCUUCCAGCCGGGCGUCCUGAACGAGGCGGCUGUCGUUUACGCCAUCAUCGUUCUUGGAGCUGCGGCCAGCUUCCUGCUGGGUUUCUUCUGGAAAGAGACGGUGCUGAUCGCAGGCGUUCCCCGCAGUCUGGCCCUUCUGGUAUUGACCUUCUUCCUCGCCGCCGUCGACUGCACCUCCUCCGUCACCUUCCUGCCCUUCAUGAUGCGCCUGCAGCCUCAGUAUCUGACCACAUACUUCAUCGGCGAGGGUGUGAGCGGCCUGCUGCCGGCUCUGGUGGCUCUGAUCCAGGGUGUGGGGGUGGUGCAUUGCGUCAACACCACGCAGUCGCUCAACCACACCCUCAACGCCUCCAUCGGGUCAGGAAACGGCGACCUGCAGGCCCAGUACCAGCCGUCCAACUUCUCCGCCGAGAUCUUCUUCUUCUUCCUCAGCGCCAUGAUGCUGGUGUGCCUGGUCUCUUUCCUGCUGCUGAACCGCCACCCUGCGGUCGCCAGGGAGCAUCCCGCCCCGCGGUACACCAACGGGACGAAGGAGACCUCGGAGAGGAGGACGCGGGCCGAGCAGAGACCCAUGAUGGAUCCGUUCAGGCAUCAGAACCACAAUCCCCGAAGCAGCUUUGGGAGCGGCUCAUACAGCUGGAUGCAGGUGCUUUAUAUCUUCGUGGUUCUGGCCUGGGUGAACGCUCUGAGCAACACGGUCCUCCCAUCCGUCCAGUCCUACUCCUGCCUGCCGUACGGAAACAACGCCUACCACCUGUCAGCCACGCUGGCCGCCGUGGCCAACCCGCUGGCCUGCUUCAUCGCCAUGUUCGUCUCUAUCAGGUCGCUGGUGUUCCUGGGGUUCCUGACGGUUCUGGGCUCGGCGAUCGGGUCGUACAUCAUGUUGGCGGCGGCGCUGAGCCCCUGCCCCCUGCUGGUUAACCAGACUUCAGGUUCAGCCGUCAUAGUUCUGGCCUGGAUCCUCUUCAUCCUGUCCCUGUCCUACGUGAAGGUCAUCAUCGGGAUGAUCCUGCGAGACGAAGGCCACAGCGCCCUGGUGUGGUGUGGAGCGGUGGUGCAGCUGGGCUCCCUGCUGGGGGCCGUCACCAUGUUCCCUCUGGUCAGCGUUUACACCGUGUUUUCAGCAGGAGAUCCGUGCAACACCAGCUGCCCCUGAGGUCACCCUCCGCUCGGUUCACACCGACCCCAAGGUUCUGCUGUUUCCCACUGAGAUUCCUGUGACCUGAACGCAUCAUUCCAGUCCCUCUGGUCCAGAAGAUGUUUGCUGUUAUUUCAGCUCCAUUUACCUGCUCAGGUAGCAGGAUAAGGACGGGGGGGUGUGUUGUUUAUUCUGAGGAGACAGCAUGGGCGUAGGUUUGCAUAGGGACCAUAGGGACAUGUCCCUACCAAGAUUUUGGACCGAACUAUUUAUCGAUUUGAAUAACUUGUUUAUAAUUAAAAAUUCAGCAUGGUGGAUCACACACAGCCAAAUCGUUUUCUCUCGCAGCUCAGUAGCUGCUGCCGCCGCUCCAUCUGAAUCCUGUCCCUUAAAUCAGUAACUGGUGUUUAACUCCACUCUCAUUGGUUGUUCGGCCUCAAGUUCCGCCUUCCCUUUUCCUGAUUGGCUGUUUUCUAGUCCGUAUGAGCGUAUGCAUGCUUGGAGCAUGAAAUAAGAAUUUUAUUUACGCUACUUCAAAUAAUAUUAGGCUUCGAAAAAAAAAACGUAUUCUAUCUACACUAAAACAGGCGAAAGCUGCUGAUUGCUGAUUCUUAGUCACAGCCGACUGAAAAAGAAAAUAUGAGGGUUUCCCUUUUAACAGUAAUUCAUUGCAAUUACUGUUUUCAUUUUAUGACGACCCUUUGAGGCAGUUCAGCUAUAUAUAGCAGGUUUUAUUUCUUUUAUAGAGUAUAAAAACACGAGAUGGCGCCUUAACAUCUGAUAUUUUUUGUUUAGAAAGUAUAAUUACGGUUCUACAUAAUAUUGAUAUUUCUUUGACUAUUUCUACUUUUAAAAAUGGGAUAAAGCCAAUAACAAACAUAGGAACACUAUUUAUAUCGAUUUUAUUUUACAUAGAUGUCCACACAGUCCAUAAGUUAAUUAUUACAAACAUUAGUUUG